AUGCAGUCGGCCAUCCAGUCGGUGACGCACAACCUGCCGCUCUUCAUCCAGAAGCCUGCCAUCGCGCUCAUCGGCCAAGAAUGCUACACGACGCUCAUCUAUAAUGUCGACCUGAGCUCGAGCCACUGCGUCAAGUAUGCCAUCUCCAAGGCGCUCGGUCUGGGCAUCGUGGUGUUUGGUAGCAUCAUGAAGGUGCCGCAGAUCCUCAACAUUGUCAACGGACGCAGCGCACGCGGCAUCUCGCUGUCCAUGUACACGCUCGAGGUGAUGGCCUACACGAUCUCGCUCGCCUAUGCGGUUCGGUCGCGUCUGCCCUUCUCGACGUACGGCGAAAAUCUGAGCCUGACGCUGCAGAACAUGGUGAUCACGCUGCUCGUCAUCGCCUACACGGCCGACGCACGCACCGGCCGCGUCGACCCGUCUGCACACUCGACCAAGAUUACCGUGGCUGCGGCGCUGAUGGCGGUCGGCUCUCUGGCACUCGCCACGCCCAGCGUCAUCUCGUCGUCGACGCUGACGUUCCUGCAGGCAUGCACGAUUCCGAUCUCGCUCGCAUCCAAGGUGCCCCAGAUGGCGGAGCUGUACAAGGACAAGAGCCGCGGCCAGCUCAGCAGCAUCGUUGUGUUUGCUCAACUGCUCGGCACCAUCGCCCGCGUGUUCACGACCAUGACGGAGACCGACGACAAGCUGCUGCUGUACGGAUUUGGACUCGCCACGCUGUUCAACGCGGUGAUCGCUGCGCAGGUGGUCUACUACUGGAAUGGAGACAAGGCUUUGGCGGAGCAGAAGAAGCGCGAUGGGGAGAAGCUCGGCCUGCAUCCCGCUUCGUCCAGCGUCGCACCUUCCUACGAGCCCUUCACCGUCAGCACCCACGGGCCGGCCAAGAACCGCGGCCGCAAGCUGGAUUAG